GAUACAUGCGCCAGUAUCACUCCAGUCGUGGGGAACUAUCAGGGAUCGGCGGAAGGUUGCGGAUGGAGAAGAGCGCACGACGCCCCAAAUGUGCGCGGUGCCGCAAUCACGGCAUGAUCUCCUGGUUGCGCGGCCAUAAGCGGCACUGCAGGUUUUAAAAAACUGUUUCUGUGCCAAGUGUAGCCUGAUAGCUGAGCGUCAACGGGUCAUGGCUGCUCAGGUGGCACUAAAGCGUCAGCAAGCGGCUGAAGACUCCAUAGCGCUCGGGUUUGACAGCAGUCAUGACUGGCAAGAAAUUUGGCUUCCUCCCUCCAGGACCUAUCUUCGGCAUGGCUGUCCCCGAUCCGAUAGAGAUCUCCGACUCCAGCUCUGUCAAGUCCGGGGGUUCCGAGGCCGCCUCCAGCUCUCAAGACGCCCGCCCCCGUACACUCUUCUACUUCACACCGCCCACCACCACACCCGCUACCGCUCCCAGCACCCCCCAGUUCUCUCAGUCCUCGCUGGAGCUGCUGGUCCGCCUCUUCCCCGCCAAGAAGCGCUCGGUACUGGAGCUGGUCCUGCGACGUUGUGGCCAUGACCUUCUCCAGGCCAUCGAGUUGUGCGCCCCCCAGGAGAUCGCGCAAUCCUUCCAGCGAGAAGAGGCUAAACUGGAAAAGGAAAAGCGAGACUGAGGAUUCUGGAGCAGAACCGGACAAGGAAGCAGAGACAGAGGCCAGAGCCCAACCGUCGUCACAGUCGGCCUUCAGGCCUUUCGUGGCCUCAGGCCUCAGCCGAGUGAGCCCCC